AGAGUUAGCCCUUCCAAUUAGCUCAAAUUACAAUCCCUUCCAUAAACUCAAUAUCCAUUUCAGUGUCACAUCCGUCGUUUUUAAAAAAAAUUGGUCUCUCGCCACUGCAGUAUGCAUCUUUAAACAAGACCUAAACAAUUGAGCGAGUCUUACCCAAAUUAGCUAAUCUUAUAAGGUGGAUUCUCGUCUCCUCUGAUUGCAACUCAAUUGGUUAAUACAAGAUAAAACAAUUUGGAUGCUGAUUCGUUUAAAUCCAUGAGGCAUGAAUGAUGAAUUAUAUAAUCCUCCUAUUUACACAUGGAAAAAACUGGAGUAGCCGGGUCUUGCAGACUUGGAGAUGAGAGCACGAGUGACUUUACUGUUUGCUUGAGAAAUCGUGAAGGAAGACCUGAGAUAUUUUACUGUCACUCCUCAAUUCUAGUUAACAAGUGCAACUUCUUUGCAGAUUGGGUCUCUAAUCCAGACUCUGGAACAUCUUUUCAGAUUCAAUGCUCGGAGGUUAAUUAUGAUUAUCAUGUUUUCUUUUUAAAGUUGCUAUAUAUGCCUGUGCAUAUGCUUCUAAACUGCUUAGAUUCGGUUAAGUCUGCUGUUGGUGUACUUGAGGUGUCGGUUGCAUUUGGCUGUGAAGAUAUUACUAAGAGCUGCAAUCAGUACCUAGAGGCUGUUCCUUGGGAGGAUAAAGAAGAGGAAGAAAUCUUGAAAGUGGUCUCAAAACUGGGAUCGGUAGCUAUGCCAAUAAUAUCCAGGAUCCAACCCGUAGAUUUAAGUGCUACAAAGAAUGUUUUUGUUUCAGCAGUUCGUUUUGCCACAUCUACUGGUGGUUCGUGUCCUCCAUUUGGUGACGAGCUUAGAAUCUCUGCUCAAGAACAAGUAGAAUACAUGUUAGGGGAAGAUGAGGACACGCCAUUAAUCACAGCUGACGAUGAAGUAAAAUCAGUUGUGAAAAUGGGGCUUUCUGAAAUAUUUUCUUCAUUUGAAAAGCAAUUAUCUUCCCUGCUUUUGUGUUCCGACCUUGUAUACGAGACAGCAGAGGCUAAAGCGUUGCAGAGUGUAUCUGAUCUCCAAUGGUUGUGUAACAUACUUCCAAAAAUGGAGCUAAUGAAGGACUUCGUUGCAAAUUGGGCUGACAUCUCCUGCAAUAUCUUGAGAAUUAUUGAAGACACGAGACUCGAUUAUGUGAUGUGGGGUUUGAAAAUAAAAUUGAUUGAAGUAACAAGCAAGGUACUAGAAGCAGUAGGGUAUGGAAAUGUGAUUCUUCCAGCACCAUGCAGGGUGCGGAUAUUGAAUGCAUGGCUACCUUAUAUACGAAAGUUGAAACCUCUUGUAGAUUCGAAAAGUAGCGAUGACUCGACUUUUCCCCACAAGAUGGAUGAAGAUCUAUGUCAGAGUAUCGAGGGGGCAAUCGUGUCUAUGAUACUGGCAUUGCCAUCGAAUGAUCAAGCUGAAAUCCUAACAGAUUGGAUGAAAGCUGAGCAGGUUAGAUAUCCUGACCUGACUGAAGCUUUUGAGGUUUGGUGCUACAGAACAAAGUCGGCAAAAAGAAGACUGGUAGAGGGAUUAGACAAGGUUGAAAAUACAUCAGCCUUUGAUUUAUCAAUUUAAUGCUGUUCUACCAUUGAGUUUUUUGUACGGAAUUAUUCAUCAAUGUGCUUCUACAUAAGGAGGGUCUCUUUGAAAUUUAAGUAGCACCUUUUAAAUUUAUUUAAGGGGUAAUUGCAAAAUAAUAAUAAAUUUUAGCGUCUUUUGCAUUUUAA